CUGGAGGGAGGCGGGCAGGAAGGAGAGAAGCCGGGAAAGGCGGGGGUUCGCGCUCAGGCGAAACUCUUCCUCCUGAUCGCGAGCCAAGAGGAGCAGGGAUAAGGGGUCCGAGGCUGGACGGUUGUCUGGGGGUAAUAGCUGGGUGGAGUUGCUUGGAGCUGGAGGAGCCUACCAGAAUUCACUGACUGCCCCGUGGUGUGUUUCAGGUGCCAGAGGGGAGAACAGGGGGACCCCAGACCAAUAUAUACUUCCUGAGACAGUCUGAGGAGCUGCCCAGGGGUCUCCUUGGACUAAUCCCACACUCGGGCGAACCAGAAUGAGGUGUUCCCGGCCUCUGAAGACACAGGUGGGCCUGGCUGUGACUCUGGGCGCCUUCAUCCUCCUCCUCCUCUUGAAUAUGCACAUGUCACCAUCUACCACCCCUGGCCUGAAGGAGCCGCCGGCCACCCCCAGGGCUCGAGUCUGGCCCAAGCUGCCCUCCCGCCCACCGCCCGCCCCCUGCCUGGCCAACACCUCCAUGGCCAGCCUGCCGGACUUCGCGGGGCAGCCGCAACACAUUCGCAACUUCCUGCUGUACAAACACUGCCGCGACUUUGUGCUACUCCAGGACGUGCCGCCUGACAAGUGCGCGGAGCCAGUCUUUCUGCUGCUGGUGAUCAAGUCCUCACCCAGCAAUUACGAGCGGCGGGAGCUGGUGCGGCGCACGUGGGGCCGUGAGCGCCAGGUGCACGGUGUCCAGUUGCGCCGCCUCUUCCUGGUGGGCACCAACUCCGACCCUUUGGAGGCACGCAAAGUCAACCGGCUGUUGGCCAUGGAGGCGCAGACGCACAGUGACAUCCUGCAGUGGGAUUUCCACGACUCAUUCUUCAACCUCACGCUCAAACAGGUGCUCUUCCUACAGUGGCAGGAGACAUGGUGCACCAAUGCCAGCUUUAUUCUCAACGGGGACGAUGACGUCUUUGCCCACACAGACAACAUGGUCACCUACCUGCAGGGCCACAACCCUGAGCACCACCUCUUUGUGGGGCAGCUGAUCUACAAUGUGGGCCCCAUCCGGAUUCCCUGGAGCAAGUACUAUGUGCCGAAGGUGGUGACAGAGCAGGAACACUACCCGCCCUACUGCGGAGGUGGCGGCUUCCUACUGUCCCGCUUCACAGCCACCGCCCUGCGCCGUGCUGCCCCCACCCUGGACCUCUUCCCCAUUGAUGAUGUCUUCCUAGGCAUGUGCCUGCAUCAGGAGGGCCUGAAGCCCGCCUCACACAGUGGUAUCCGCACGGCCGGUGUUCACACCCCCUCCAGCCGCCUGUCCUCCUUUGACCCCUGCUUCUACCGAGAGCUGCUGCUGGUGCACCGCUUCUUGCCCUACGAGAUGCUGCUCAUGUGGGAUGCGUUGAACCAGCCCAACCUCACCUGUGGCAAGCAGACACAGAUCUAUUGAGGUGGUGUCGGAGCCCCCAGCCUCAAGGCUACUGUCUCCAUCCCCUUAGAAAGGGCAACAGCUUCCUUCUGGGAAGCUGAGACCUGUGUCCUCCUAAGUGGGUGGAGCCUAGGAGAGUACGGGGAAGGUUGGAUGAGUGAAUCAUCUGGCUGCUGAAUUCCUACACAUCCUUCAAAACCCACCUGGUACUGCCUAGACCCUAGACUCUAAGGAGGAUAUUCCAUCAUCCUCCCUAGACUCUCAGCUGAAGAGACCAUCUCUUUCUAUGGCAGCUAACGGCAGAAGCACUUCUGCUAGGGUCCCACCUGCUGCUGCUGCAUCCAUCCCUUUUCAAUGUUCCACUUCCUACCCCUGACCUGGAUAAUGGGCUGAACCCUAAGCAGUGGCCAGCCUCUCCUUGGUCAUGAAACUACAGUGGUGGGUGAGUUCUGGCCAUGGUUCAAGGUUAAUUGAGAACUCCUGGGUCCACAUGCAGCUGCAGUGAGAAGGAUUUUUCAGCUGGGGAAAGAGGGUUUCUUUUCUCCAUCUCUCCCUGAAUCUUGGACCCCUCAGAUGGUGGGAGGGGCCAGAGAGGCUGUGAAAGGGACUGUCCCCUCCCUGCUUGUGGCAGCAAGUGCUCUAAUGGUGGAAACAUUGGGCAGGGGAGGAAGGCAGCUAUCUGUCUCAGGCUGUGGGAGCUCAGAGUUUCUAGAGUCCCAGGCAGUACCCAGCCCCUACACCUGUGCUCCCCAAGAACGCAGGGAAGAGUAUUGGGGCCAGAGGGGUCUUCACUGGGCCCAAGGCCAGCCCACACACUCAUCUUAGUGCCCAGAGAAGGGGGAUAUUCAGGUCCAUGGGGGGCUCUGAGUUCUUGAGACCCAGAACUGGCACUCACCCCUGUGUGUCUCUCAGAUUGGGGAGAGCCAAGUGAACUGGUGACCCCCAGCCCUGCUACCCUUGGACAGGCUUCACAGGGACUGGGGCGAUGGCAAGGGGGGCCUCACACAGCAGAGUGAGGACUGGAGACCAGGUUCUCAGGAAAUAAAAUGU